AUGCAAUCGCUUACGCGACAAACUGCCUUCCAUUUAAUGGAAACGGACUGGCGACUAGUAGAAAAAUUAACUUUGGAUUCGAAAAUGUGGGCACUGAUCGGGGUUCUAUUGGGGCCCCAUAAACGAGUCAAAGUGGCUGACAUACCAGAAGAAACCCAGCCGGUGAUCACGCCGAACUCCAAACGACAUCUAGAGUUGGAUCUGGAUUACCUCGAAAGGCGGCAGCACCAGCAACCGAAUGCCACAACAGGAGAUGUCAGACAGGAGGCGUGCUCACCGGUCGAAACCAGUCCAGAGUACAUGGACCUCAUCAAGAUCAUUCUGCUGGGAGCGCCCUCCGUGGGAAAAACCAGCAUAAUCCAGCAAUUUGUGCUGAAUCAGUUCCAAGAAGACUACAUGGCGACGGACCGAAAGUACACCUACUACCCGACAGUCAUCACCAAUGAGCGAUGGUACAAGGUGAAGAUCUCCGACCUACCAGUGAUACCGUAUUUUCCUGUUAACUCCUUUUACGAAUGGGCCAACUACAGAUACUACGGCUUGCGAAGCGCGACCGCCUACAUUCUAGUAUUCGACCUGAGCAAUAUCGACACCUUCCAAUACAUAAAAACGUUAAGGGAACAAAUCUGCGAGAGUCGCAACAUGCAAAAUGUGCCCGUUCUGGUGGUGGGCAACAAGGAGGACCUGAUCGUGUCUGAGGAUGUGCCGAGCAAUUCGAAACCGGCCAUCAGCAGUUCGAGCGACGAGAAGCGCAGAGACAUUGUCAAUCUGGUGAAAAAACACUGGAAAUGCGGGUAUAUGGAGUGCAGCGCCAAAUACAAUUGGCGCGUGAUGCAUGUGUUCAAAGAACUGAUGAACAUGAUCGAAACAGUCUCGAAUCGGGACCAGAGCCCCAUGUUGGACAACAUCCAGGAGGCGCUCGAUCGGAACAAGUGCGUUGUUAUCUAGGGGUUGUGCGCUUUUCACAGGUUAGGUUUAGGGGGCGGGAUUUAAAUGUUGUCUACUCAGUUCUCAUGUGUAGGUACUGUUUGGUAGCUGUAUUGGUUUUCAGGCUGUGGCACUACUACGUUAUAAUCAUUAUUCAUAUUCGCUACAAGCAAAUAAAGUGUAAUUCUAAAGGCUCUAGAUAUAAUGACAAUCUAUUUUAACGCAAUACCAUUUAUACGGAAAAUUGUAAAAUGUUCUCUGUAAAGCGUAAUAUACGUAAUUGUUUGGUUGUGAAUUUAGGCUCUAACCCGAUGGUUUGGGCGAUAAGGUUGCCAAUGACUGUAGCUUUAAUGAGUUGAAAUAAAAACCCUAAAGCCAC